GGGGGGAUGGGGAAGGGGGUAGGAUAUAAAGGUGUGGGCUAGAAGAAUCCCCCUCCUCGUUCCUCGUCGGCUCCUGCGCAAUGAAGACGACGGUGGUGGUUGUGCUGUGCCUCCUGGUCCUGGCUCCCGCCACCGUGACGGAGGCCAGGCCUCAGUUCCUCGAGGCCGUCGGUGACUUCGUUGAAAACGUCGGGGAGGGCGUGGGUGACUUCUUCGAGGGCGUCGGGGACUUCUUCUCAAAUGUCUUUUCCGGAAGCAGCAGGACGCGGUCGACCCCAGUGUUCAGGCUCCCCCAGCCCGUGCCCGCGAUUCCACCCCAGCCGGCGACGGUCCCUGGCUACCGGCCACCCGCCACCUACGACCAUCCUCUUAAUACCGGAAACUUAAUAAUUGUGCCCGAUUAAGAUGCAAAGAAAAAAAAUCAAGAUGGUUUUUGACCCGACGAAGAAAAGUCAUUCAGAAGAGGUUAUUGUCAUGUGUGGGUGAGAUACACGGCCGUCUAAGAUAAUUUUUGUUAAUAAAACAAUAUCAUAUAGA